GAUGGGCAACAGCCUGUGCAGUGUGGAUCAGAGAGGAGGAAAUGCCACAAUGUGAGGGACUGGACAGGGCCUUGUGCCAUGGCAGAGAAUGGGGACGAGGAGACGGGGUCAGUAGAGGCCUCAGGGUUCUCAGACUUGAGUGACUCAGAGUUGCUAGAGUAUCUGGACCUGGAAGAUACUCAGGAGUCAAGUGCAUCACUUAGCAAGCCUGGUCCUUCUUCUGAACUCCCUGGGAAUGAUGACAAGCUCACAAGCUUACCAAAAUGGAAAAGAGGAUUGGAUGUCUCAUCACCUAUGGAGCGAUUCCACCUUAAAUAUUUGUAUGUCACUGACUUGUCUACUCAAGACUGGUGUGAACAGCAAAUGGUAUAUGGGAAGGAGCUUCCUGGUUUCUUGGCUCCUGAGAAGGCAGCUGUUUUGGACACCGGUGCCAGCAUCCACCUAGCUAGAGAACUAGAAGUUCAUGAUCUUGUGACUGUCCCCACCACCACUAAAGAAGAUGCUUGGGCAGUUAAGUUUUUGAAUAUAUUAUCAAUGAUUCCUGUCCUGCAGUCAGAAGGACGCAUCAGAGAGUUUCCAGUGUUUGGAGAAGUGGAGGGUGUGCUGCUUGUUGGAGUAAUUGAUGAGCUGCACUAUACCGCCAAGGGGGAACUGGAACUGGCUGAACUUAAGACACGCAGGCGCCCUAUGCUCCCUUUGGAAGCUCAGAAGAAAAAAGACUGUUUUCAAAUCAGCCUAUACAAAUAUAUCUUUGAUGCCAUGGUUCAAGGGAAAGUGACCAGUGCUAGCCUAAUCCACCACACAAAAUUAUGUCCAGACAAGCCACUGGGACCUUCAGUGCUGAGGCAUGCCCGGCAGGGAGGCUUCUCUGUAAAGUCCUUGGGUGACCUCAUGGAGCUAGUCUUCUUGUCUCUAACACUGUCUGACCUCCCAGUUAUUGAUAUCCUAAAGAUAGAGUACAUCCACCAAGAGACUGCCACAGUGCUGGGUACAGAGAUUGUGGCCUUUGAAGAGAAGGAGGUGAGAGGCAAGGUGCAGCACUAUAUGGCCUACUGGAUGGGCCACCGAGAGCCUCAAGGGGUUGAUGUGGAGGAGGCUUGGAAGUGCCGGACAUGCAACUAUGCAGAUAUCUGUGAAUGGUGGAAGGGUGGUGGGGUGCCCAGCUCCAUUCUAGAGCCCCUAGCCAAAAAAGUGAAAUGA